CUUUGGACCGCUUCUGCUUCCUCUGGCCUUUCUACCCCCCUCGAGGUAAGAACGUGGAAUGAGUUUCGUAUUUAAAGGUCACCGGCUUACCUCAAUUACACCACAUGUUGUAAGCAUUGGAACCAAAGCCUACAAGAUUUACCAAAGAAAAGUAAUUGCCGCGAAUAUGUCUUUCCAAAGAAACGGGGGUGGCUAUCGAGGGGGGAACAAAUUUGAAGAUCGCAGGGGGGGCAAAAACUUCCGGGGAAGAGAUGACCAACUUGGAGGUGGACUAAGGAAACCAGCUUGGGAUAUGAGUACGCUUUCCCCAAUAGCAAAGGAUUUUUAUGUCCCACACCCUAAUGUGGCAAACAGGAAUAAAUUUGAAGUGGAUGAUUAUAGACGAUCAAAGGAAAUAACAGUGAAGGGUAUUGAUGUCCCAAAUCCCAUUCAGUAUUUCGAGGAGUCAAAUUUUCCUGAUUAUGUGAUGGAAAGUAUUAGGAUGCAGAAUUUCUCCGAACCUACAGCUAUUCAAGCUCAAGGAUGGCCAAUCGCAAUGAGUGGGAAGAACAUGGUAGGAAUUGCAAGAACUGGUUCAGGAAAGACGUUGGCAUACAUCCUUCCAGCUGUUAUACACAUAAGUAAUCAAGAACAACUAGCACGUGGAGAUGGUCCCAUUGCUCUUAUUCUAGCACCAACCAGAGAACUAGCCCAACAGAUUCAAACUGUUGCAACAAAUUUUGGGGGCAGUGCUUUCAUAAGGAAUGCAUGCAUUUUUGGUGGUGCUCCAAAACAUCCACAGGAACGUGCUCUUCAACGUGGUGUUGAAAUUGCAAUUGCGACCCCUGGACGUUUGAUUGACUUCCUCGAACGUGGGACUACAAACCUCAGACGUUGCACAUACCUUGUUCUUGAUGAGGCAGAUAGAAUGCUGGAUAUGGGAUUUGAGCCGCAGAUUCGCAAGAUUGUUCAGCAAAUCAGGCCUGAUCGCCAGACCCUCAUGUGGUCAGCAACGUGGCCUAAAGAGGUGCGGAAAAUGGCAGAAGAUUUCCUAAAAGACUACAUUCAGAUCAAUGUAGGAUCUCUUGAACUUUGUGCAAAUCAUAAUAUUGAACAGAUUGUGGAUGUUUGCCAGGAACAUGAGAAAGAAAAUAAGUUGUGCCGUAUCUUACAAGAAAUUUCUAAUGAAAGUGAGAACAAAACCAUAAUUUUCGUGUCGACAAAAAAGAAAGCAGAAAACAUAGCAUACAAUAUAAGAAAAUAUGGGUUUGAAGCUGUUUGCAUGCAUGGGGAUAAGUCACAACAAGAAAGAGACUACAUUUUAAAAGAUUUCCGCAAUGGAAGAGCGUGUAUCCUUGUUGCUACUGAUGUUGCUGCACGUGGUCUAGAUGUUGAUGGGAUAAAAUUUGUAAUCAACUACGACUUUCCUAACUCAUCGGAGGACUAUAUACACAGAAUUGGACGAACUGGUCGCAGUCAGUCAACGGGAACAUCAUAUGCGUUUUUCACAGCUAAAGAUAGUCGUCAAGCUCGUGACUUGAUAUCGGUUCUUAAAGAAGCGAAUCAAGAAAUCAACCCUAAAUUAGCUGAGAUGGCACAGUUUGGAGGAUGGAAAGGAGGCAACAACAAGUGGGGCUACAGCCGGGGGCGUGAGAAUAGCUUUGGUUCAAUGAAGAAUUCUCACAGACGAUGGAAUUAAUGGUGUUGUAUUGCAGAAUCUACACCCAUUUUACACUUAUCAGUAUUGAACGAUCUGUGAAUUUCUCUCUGUGCAGUCAUAGACAUGACAGUUAGAUGUAUAUGCAUGACUUGCUUUCACUAUUUAUUUUGUAAUAGUUCAGUCUUGUAUAUCUGUGAAUUUUUGGCUGUGUAGGAAGACACAAUAUCUGAGUUCCUUAAUUCAGAAGCAUUUGUUGUUUCAUUCCAUUUGCUACUGAAAUAAUGUAGCUAUAAUACAGAGAAGUUUAUUUUGUUGUGCACAUUUUAUGUGUUUGACAUCUUCUUUAUUAUUCAAGGAAAUGUGAAAAUAAUAAACUUAAGUGAAACAGAA